AUGUUAAGGCUUGAAAAUUAUACAUGGACGUGGAAGAAAUAUAAUGUUACGACAGUUGUCUGUAAUAUUAUUAUUGCUUUACUAAUGUUUAUAGCAAUUGGAAGUAAUGAAUGGUUUAUAGUUAAAAAAAAUACCUCAUUCAAACAUAAUUAUAAUAAUAAUGAUAAUUUGAUGUAUUUUUUAAAAAAUAUAGAUAAAGUCAAUGAAUUUAAUGUUUUAAAUCUUUCCACUUUUAAUUGCAAUAAAAUUGGUGCAAGAAAUUUUUGGAAAAAACUUAAAUUUGGAGAACUCAUUGAUGAAAAUAAUAAAACACAUAUAACAACAUUUUUUGGCUUAAAUGAAGUUGCCAUAGAUUGUAUUACACCUGUAACAGCAAGUAUAUUUUAUUCAUUAUCUUCUUUUUAUUCAAAUAAUGGUUUCAUUGGUUGGUUAGUUCAAAAUAAUAUUCUUGAUAUGUGUAUUAUAACACUUUUAAUUUUUAUAUUAUUCAUUGUAACAUGCGCAAAAGAAGAUAUUCAAAAUACACUUAGUAAUAAUUCCAUUAAAAAUGGUGGUGAUUAUUACCUUUUUGUAAUUGCCAUAUUUAUUGGAAUAUUAUCAAUAAUUCUUGCCUUUAAAAAAUCAUGGAAUCUAAGGCAAAGACAACGUAAAAAUAAUCAAAGAUUAAUGAGUGCUUGUACCUUAAGGUCACUUCGUGAUGUAAUAACGAGACCGCAAACAGGUCAUUCGGCAGAUCAUUAUGAAAGAUAUUUGUUAUCUCGGGAUGAUGGAGAAAUUUCAACGACGACAAAUAUUUUAACAACAUGUAAUGAAAACAACGAUCAUAAUUAA